AUGAGUCACCCUGUGCAGUUUUUGAAAGCUGAUAGUAAUGAUGAGAGCCAUCGGUUGAGUGGGCAAUACUCGAUCCCUCAAGAUUUGAGAGAAAACCUACAAGAAGAAGCUGCACGUAUCGGUGAGAAGGAGAAGGAUGUGCUGCAAGAAAAAAUGAUAGCCAAGACAGUGCAGAAUGGAGAAGACUCGUACCACAAAAGGAGGUUUGAUAUGAGGAUUGAACCUGAUUCAGGCACGAGGAUGAUUACAUCUAACGAAGACAUUCAGAACGCUGUGGUGCCAAGGAAAAGAAAAUCAAGGUGGGAUGUAAAAGGGUAUGAGCCGCCUGAAGAGUCUCAAAGAACAGUCAGAGAAAGGGCUGAAAAUGCUUUGGUUGAUGUAGAGGGAAUUUACGAUUUGAUGUUUGUUAAACCGUCUGACCAUAAAUAUUUCGCUGCUAUUAUGUCCAAGAAGCCUAUAAAUGAGCUGAGCAAGGAUGAAAAGAAUGAGAGAGCAUUCUUGACCCUACUUCUGAAAAUCAAGAAUGGAAACACGGCGAGCAGGAGGACGUCAAUGCGACUUUUGACCGAUAAAGCAGUUAAAUUUGGCCCGGAAAUGAUAUUUGAUCGAUUAUUACCCAUAUUGUUGGAUAGAACCUUGGAAGAUCAAGAAAGACAUCUGAUGAUCAAAACCAUAGAUCGCGUUCUUUACAAAUUGGGAGAACUAACGAGGCCAUACGCGCAUAAAAUACUGGUAGUGACGGCUCCAUUGCUCAUUGACGAAGAUCCAAUAGUUCGUUCAACCGGUCAAGAAAUAAUUACAAAUUUGUCAACGGUGACUGGUCUAGCGACAAUGCUAACAGUUAUGAGACCUGACAUUGAAAAUGAGGAUGAAUAUAUUAGAAACAUAACUGCAAGAGCAACGGCAGUGGUAGCAAAAGCUCUUGGCGUUAAGCAAUUACUCCCUUUCAUCAACGCAGCGUGCCAUUCGCGGAAAUCGUGGAAAGCAAGGCAUACGGGUAUAAAGAUUGUACAGCAAAUAGGAAUAAUCUUGGGAAUAGGUGUGCUAAAUCACCUUACCGGCCUUAUAAGCUGUAUUAAGGACAAUCUAAUUGAUGACCACGUUCCGGUACGGAUUGUUACAGCAAACACCUUGUCUACACUGGCCGAAAAUGCAUAUCCGUACGGUAUCGAAGUCUUCAACGCUAUAUUGGAACCUCUAUGGAAAGGCAUAAGGAGCCAUCGUGGUAAGGUAUUAUCUUCUUUUCUAAAAGCCGUUGGAUCUAUGAUCCCACUGAUGGACCAAGAAUAUGCCGGCUACUAUACUACGGAGGCAAUGAGGAUAAUUAGACGCGAAUUCGACACUCCCGAUGACGACAUGAAAAAGACUAUCCUUAUUGUGUUACAAAAAUGUAGUGGAAUUGAAUCCAUAAGUCCAACCUUUUUGAGAGAGGAAAUUGCACCAGAAUUCUUUCAAAAAUUUUGGGUUAGGCGUGUGGCAUUGGACAGGCCGUUGAACAAGGUCGUUACAUAUACUACGGUGGUAUUAGCAGAGAAGCUAGGUUGUUCGUAUACCAUUGAUAAAUUAUUAAAACCUUUGAGAGAUGAAGCUGAACCGUUCAGAACAAUGGCAGUCCAUGCGGUAACUAAAGUAGUGAAUAUGCUGGGGACUGCAGAUUUGAGUGAAAGAUUAGAAACAAGACUUAUCGAUGCACUCCUGAUAGCAUUCCAAGAACAAACAAACAAUGAUACUAUAAUUUUUAAAGGGUUUGGGGCAGUUACGUUGUCGCUUGACAUCCGGAUAAAGCCAUUUUUAGCACCCAUAGUCAGUACAAUUUUGAAUCACCUGAAACACAAGGCCUCAUUAGUACGUCAAAAUGCGGCAGAUCUGUGUGCCAUAUUGAUACCUGUAAUCAAGAAUUGCCACGAAUUCGAAAUGUUGAAUAAAUUGAACAUUAUAUUGUAUGAGUCCUUAGGCGAAGUAUACCCAGAGGUAUUAGGCUCCAUAAUCAAUGCAAUGCGCUGUAUUUUGGUUGCUCUAGAUUUGGAUAAACUGCAACCCCCAGUUAACCAAAUUCUGCCAACUCUAACUCCAAUCUUGAGAAAUAAGCAUAGGAAAGUCGAGGUGAACACUAUCAAAUUUAUUGGACUUAUCGCGAAAAUAGCGCCCACCCGUGCUCCCCCCAAAGAAUGGAUGAGAAUCUGUUUUGAGCUAUUGGAACUAUUAAAAAGUACGAAUAAGGAAAUAAGAAGGUCAGCGAAUACCACAUUUGGAUUUAUUGCAGAAGCAAUUGGGCCUCAAGAUGUUCUUGUUGCUUUAUUAAACAAUUUAAAGGUUCAAGAACGUCAGUUACGUGUAUGCACAGCUGUUGCUAUUGGAAUUGUAGCUAAAGUAUGUGGUCCUUAUAACGUUCUGCCAGUAAUUAUGAAUGAAUACACAACACCAGAGACUAAUGUUCAAAAUGGUGUUCUUAAAGCCAUGUCAUUCAUGUUCGAGUAUAUUGGCAACAUGUCGAAGGAUUACAUAUACUUCAUUACACCUUUAUUGGAAGAUGCGCUCACUGAUAGGGAUUUAGUCCAUCGUCAGACCGCAUCAAAUGCCAUAAGCCAUUUAGCUUUGAAUUGUUCGGGUACUGGUCAUGAGGAUGCCUUCAUUCAUUUGUUAAAUAUUCUAAUCCCCAAUAUUUUUGAAACUUCACCACAUGCUAUUUUGCGUAUUUUAGAAGGUUUGGAAGCACUGAGUCAAGCGGUUGGCCCUGGCAUUUUCAUGAACUACGUAUGGGCGGGAUUAUUUCAUCCAGCUAAAAAUGUCAGGAAGGCAUUCUGGAGAGUAUAUAACAACUUAUACGUAAUGUAUCAGGACUCGAUGGUGCCUUUUUAUCCUGUAACUCCAGAUAACAAUGAACGGUAUGUAGAAGAGUUAGAUUUGAUUUUGUGA